AUAUAGUUGAUAUCACAGAAUGAAAGUAUUGUGUGUUCUAGCAGCUCUGGUGGUCGCAGUAAGUGCACUGCCUAUCGAGGAGCGUAUUCAUGGCGAGAAUGGCUGGUAUGUUCCCCAAAUAGAUGGCACCAGCGAGUGGAUUGACCUGAAGGAAGCCGAAGACAUUAUGUCGUUGGGUGAUCAGAUGGAUCGCAGUAGCGGGAAUGCCGUGGACUUCUAUCUUUACACCAGCUCAAACCCCACCAAGGGCAAGCAAAUCGAUGCUAGCGAUGCGUCCAUUCGUGACUCUCACUUCAACAAGGAUCAUCCAACUCGUUUUGUUAUUCAUGGCUGGAAUGGUCGUUCCACCGACUCCAUGAACACCAAAAUUACGAAGGCCUGGCUGUCCAAGGGAAACUACAACGUCAUUGUUGUGGAAUGGGCGGGUGCACAAUCCAUUGACUAUGCCUCCUCCGUGCUGGCUGUGCCUGCCGCAGGUGCUAAGGUUGGAGAAAUGGUCAAGUACCUGCAGAGCAGUCACGGCAUGUCUCUGAGCACCCUGUAUGUCAUUGGACACAGUUUGGGUGCCCAUGUUGCGGGCUACACUGGCAAGACAGUUGGUGAAGGUCGCAUCCACACCAUUAUUGGCUUGGAUCCUGCUAUGCCCCUAUUCAGCUAUGACAACCCUAGCAAACGUUUGUCCUCCGGCGAUGCCUACUAUGUCGAGUCCAUUCAGACCAACGGCGGCAUGAAGGGCUUCCUCAAGCCGAUUGGUAAGGGUGCCUUCUAUCCCAAUGGCGGCAAGAAGCAACCCGGCUGCGGAGUAGAUGCCGCCGGCACUUGCGCCCACGGCCGCUCUGUGACCUACUAUGUUGAGGCUGUCACCGAGAAUAACUUCGGCACCAUCAAGUGCCCCAAUUACACGGACGCUGUGGCCAAGGAGUGUGGCAGCACCUACAGCAGCGUCCGCAUGGGAGCUGAUUCUAACGCCUACAUGGUCGCCGGCGAUUUCUACGUGCCUGUGAACAGCCAAGCUCCAUUCGGCAAUCUUCACUAAUUGCCCUUAUUACAAUAAACUGAUUUAUUUGAAAAGCAA